AAAAACUAAAGGCACUCAGCGUUUUUGUCCCCAAUUGAGCUGAUUGAGCUUCUCCUAGACCCAGUCUGCUCCUCAACGAAAUUCAAAAACCCCAAAAAACCCUUCUCCUUUCAUCGAAAUCUUUGAUUUUUCCUCAACUGGAUUCUGGUCUUUGAGGUCGAAUUUCACGAGGAAUUCCUUAAAAUUUGAGCUUGAUUUUGAAGGUCUGGGUUUGUUUCAGAUAUGGGAAGUAGAAAAGAAGAAGAGAGGAAUGAGAAGAUUAUAAGAGGUCUCAUGAAGCUGCCUCCUAAUCGACGUUGUAUUAACUGCAACAGCUUGGGUCCGCAAUAUGUUUGUACCAAUUUUUGGACUUUUGUUUGCAUGACUUGCAGUGGGAUACAUCGUGAGUUUACUCAUCGUGUGAAGUCCGUAUCGAUGUCUAAGUUUAGCUUGCAAGAAGUUGAAGCACUUCAAAAUGGGGGUAAUCAGCGUGCAAGGGAAAUAUAUCUGAAGAAUUGGGAUCCACAAAGGCAAAGAUUACCUGAUAGCAGCAAAGUUGAUAAGGUCCGAGAGUUUAUAAAGAGUGUGUAUGUUGAUAGAAGAUAUGCUGGAGGAAAGACAUCUGAGAAACCUCCAAAAGAUAUGCAGGGCCUAGGAAGUCGUGAAGAUGAGACCAGGCGUGCCAGUUCUUAUCAUUCUUAUUCCCAAAGUCCACCUUAUGACUAUCAAUAUGAAGAUCGGCGUUAUGGAAAGCAAAAUGCUUCACUUACCAGGAAACCUGGUUCAGAUAGAGGCCACUAUGUUGGGAAGAUCUCAAGUUUUGUCUACAGUCCUGGUCGGAUGAGUGAUCAAAUGUUUGAGGACAGGUUUGCUAAUGAGGGCUCUGGUUCUAGGGUUUCUGACUUCUCUGUGUCUAGUGGAGGUGAUCCAUUCAGGUCUGGUACAGAAUCUCCUAACUUUGAGAAGGAUGUGGGAUUUAACAGCCCACCUGUUCAGCCUUCAAGGGAUAUUUCAUCCUCGAUGGCAAAUUUCAGGAGAGAAGUAGAUGGCAUUCCACGUCCACAGAGAACAACAUCCUUGGGAAGCUUUGGAUCAUUUGACAGCAACUCUGUGUCUCUCAAGUCGUAUAAUUCAGGUAGCUUUUUAGAUGUUGUCUCAGAACCCGAACAAGCUGCUGUAGCCCGCCAGGAUAAAAUAUCCACUGUCGCACAACCCUCUGGUCCAGUGAAUUAUGGUGGCUUGGACCUUUUUCAGGCACCGGUUGUAGAAGAAUCAGUAUCCUCUGCUGCUCCAAUUGAUUUGUUUCAGCGACCAGCAACAUCAACUCGUGUGAAUGUGUUUCAAACGUCACAAGCAUCUUCUGCUCCAUCUGUCAAUUUUCAUCAGCCUCCCCAAACUGCACCUAAAUCUUUAGAUUUCUUUGAUAUUCCUGAGCAGUCAUCCACUUCAACCUUGGAUAUAAAAUCUCAGGAGUUUUCUGAUCCAAAAAAUGAAGGAUGGGCAACAUUUGAUACACCACCUACAGCAUCCAUUCCAAAAAAUGAAAGUCUUUCCCCUCCUAUAGUUCCUUUUAAUGGAGUUUCUUCAGUCAAAUUUGACCAACAUAGAUCCUUCAAUACAACUUCUCAGUGGCCAACAGUUCUAAAUUCUGGUGCUCACCCUCCUACUCCAUCAUCUGAUCUGUGGUUUGAUGGUUUAAACAAUGGUCAAGCUCCCACUAUGGCUACAAACACUCAGUCAUGGAAAGCUUUCAAUGAUUCUACCGGCCAUCUUCCUUUGGAGGGGGUUGAGCAAAAUUUUGAACCACAAUUAGCAGCUAAUCAGCCUUCAUCAAAUACAGAUCAGCAUUUCAACGACUCUAAUCAUGGUGGAAAUCACAGAGCUUUCUCACUACAUGGACCACAACCAAUGAAUUUACCGUCACACAUUGAUGUGGGGCCACUAUGUACACCAUCAGUGCUUCCUCUAGUGGGAGAGACACAAACACAUGCCACUGAUCUUAAAUCAACAAACCCAUUUGAUUUUCCUUAUGAUUCUGAUUUGGAGCAGAAGAAUAUGUUCUUGGACAUGAGCUCCUUGCAAACUGCACUCCCAAAUGCACAGUUAACAUCCACCUUCCUUGGUGGUGCAACUCAAUCAUGGACUGCUGUUGUUAGUGUUGUGUUUGUUUCUAGUAGGUUGAAGCUUUUAUUGGAUAAUGAGCAACUUGUGGCUAGCCUACAUGUCGGACAGGCACCAACCCUCAAUUACAAGGUUCUUGGCAAAGCUUUCUUCAACUACUUCAUCGUUUACAGACACACCUCCACCUAUAAUUCUCCAUGCCAUCUUCCGGCCGGCCGUGUUACUGUCUCUAAUCUUGGACAUGGCUUCUCAAUGCGUCAGACUCAGGGUCUCCUUUUGAUCUGCAAUGGCAACAAUGGAGCAUGUAGAAAACUUGAUUCUAACAUGUUGAAGGAUGAUAUAGACAAGGUUAAACCAGCACCAGUAACAUCUCCACCUCCAAGGUUUAACUUCGCCCUCUGGGCAAGAUGGAUUUUGGGAUCUAUACUAUCUCUGUUGCUACCUUUCUGUAAACAAAAAUGGGAGAAGCUACAAAAAGUAGAAGGGGAGGCAGAAAUGGUGGUUGAGGAGAUAGAAAAUGUAGCAGAGGUACUAAAAAAGGUGGCAACAGUGGCUGAGAAAGUAUCAACACAAAUGGCAGAGAAGCUUCACGAUCAUACGAAACUCCAAGAAGCUCCAUUGUUGGUUGAACGUGUUUCCAAGCAACUGCUCAGGAUGGUAUGGUUCUUUUCAAGGGUAGCAUAUUCAGCUUGCAUGGCUUCUCUGCACUCAGCACAAGCUAAGGCUUCUCGAACUGAAAGUGGUUUAGAGCGUACAGGUUGGGAAGUGUUUGGUUUAUUAGGAAACUAUGAUGAAGAUAACUCAACUUCAAGAUUACAAAUUGGUGGAGAGGUGUUAGCAAUAGGAGAGGAGGAGGAUAUUGAUGGCAUGGUAGAUAAAGAGGAUUGUGAGGAAGAAGAGGAAGGAGCAACAUAUGCAUUGGAGAAAUUAUGCUUACCAACUGUUGGAAUAGGAUUGAUUACUGAACAGGGAACUGUAGGAGGAGCUUUGCCAGGAGUUGCUCCCAUAAUAUGGUGUGAUAACCUCAGUGCUAGUUCCCUUGCUUCUAACGCCUGCACCAAACAUAUUGAAAUUGAUGCACACUAUAUCAAAGAUCAAGUUACUAUUAAACAACUUGUUAUUCAAUAUGUUCCAUCUAAGUUUAAAAUUGCUAAUGUUCUUACAAAAGCCUUAGCAGCUAAGAAGUUUGAAGUUUUAAGGAGCAAGUUGAAAGUUGUUUCUCUUAGUGCUUUUGUGAAAGAGAAUGAUACUAAGGUUGUUGGUUUGGUUAAUGCCCAUAUCUUUCAAAGUUCUUGGCAACUUCCAACUUGUUCUAUCAGUGCAUCAGAGUCUUUAACUUCAACUUCAUCUGGUUUACAUACUUCAAUAGGUCUUGAAAACCAAGGUUUUGGGGACCAAUUGGCCACUGAUCAUACUCAGUAUACUGCUUCUCAAGAUCCUGCAUCAAGAGCUCUCAAGUACCUUUUGGUAUAUGUGGAUGAUAUCCUUCUUAUAGGGAACGAUAAUCAUGUCAUUGACAAGGUUGUGGAGUUACUCAGCAAAGCUGGCAUGCCAGAUUCCAAGCCUUGUACCACUCCAAUGGCUCUUGGUACUAAACUCAGCAAGGAGGAUGGUAAACCAUUUGAUCAACCUUCUUUUUACAAGAAAGUUGUUGGUAGCUUGCAGUAUCUUACCUUGUCCGGGCCAGACUUAGCAUUUGUUGUCAAAUAA